GCGCGCAAAGGACAGAAAGUGUCGUCAUGCAGUUUUACAGGUUUUGAAUCUUUCAUCAGCAGCUCGAUCGAGAGCGAUAUCUAGCUUGUUUUGAGGAGGCAGUCAAACAGUGCAGCACAUAGAAGGAAGGUAGUACGGACGUGACACCGACGACACUCAAAACAACACACUCAGCUGCAAGAAGCUCAGCUCACGAAUUUCAGGAAUCAAUUGUUUACUGAGUUAAGGAGUUCUAAUCAGAAAUGGCCGAGCCACCAAGCAAGAAGCAGAACAAGGAUGGUGAAACGAAGAUAGUGGUGCUGGCUUACAGCGGAGGUCUGGAUACCUCUUGCAUCUUGCUCUGGCUCAUUGAGCAAGGUUACGAGGUUGUCGCAUUCACGGCUGAUGUUGGACAAGAUGAUGAUUUUGAGGAAAUCCGUAAGAAGGCAAUUAAGGUCGGAGCCAAAAAGUAUGUCGUCAAGGAUGUGCGUAAGGCAUUUGUGGUGGAUAACAUCUGGCCUGCUGUGCAGGCCAACUGCCUCUAUGAAGAUCGCUACCAGAUGGGUACUGCCCUCGCUAGACCGCAGAUUGCUAAGGGUCUGGUGGAAUGCGCGCUGGCAGAGGGCGCUCAAUACAUAUCCCAUGGUGCAACGGGAAAGGGUAAUGACCAAGUACGACUAGAGUUGUCUUCCUAUGCACUCCAUCCCACCAUUGAGAUCAUAGCCCCAUGGAAGAUGCCAGAAUUCUACAAUCGUUUCUUGGGACGUAACGAUCUGUUCGAGUACGCCAAGGCUAAGAACAUCGAACUGUCUAUCACACUCAAGCAGCCGUGGAGUAUGGACGCUAAUCUAAUGCACAUCAGCUACGAGUCUGGUAUCCUGGAAGACCCUAUGGUGGAGGCACCCGAUGACAUGUACCUGAUGACGGUUGACCCCAAGAAAGCCCCGGAACAGUCUGAUAGAAUUGAGAUAGAAUUUAGCAAAGGUGUUCCAAUCAAGGUGAAGAACUUGGGAGAUGGUACAGAGAAGACGGAUCCUCUUGAGCUGUAUCAAUAUCUCAAUAAAAUAGGAGGUAAACAUGGUGUUGGCCGAUCGGACAUCGUUGAAAAUCGUUUCAUCGGAAUGAAAAGUCGAGGUGUGUAUGAGUGUCCAGGAGGCGCAAUCCUAUUGGUCGCACAUCUGGACAUUGAGAACAUUACCAUGGAUAAGGCGGUGCGUAGGAUCAAGCAGGGUCUUUCUCUUCGCUUUUCGGAGCAAGUUUAUGAAGGGUUUUGGUACAGCCCCGAGUGUGAAUUCACCCGUCACUGCAUCGAUAGGAGCCAAGAUAACGUGGAAGGUGUAGUCAUCUUGGAGAUCUACAAAGGCAAUGUGAUGGUCAAGGCAAGAUCCUCAAAGUCCUCGCUAUACAAUGAAGAACUUGUCAGCAUGGUUGUAAAGGGUGACUAUGAGCCAGUGGACGCUCUGGGCUUCAUCAAGGUCAAUGCAGUCAGACUGAAGGAGUACCGUCGUAUACGUGGGGCCGAGAAAGGUCAAGGAGAUGCGUCUUCCUAGCUUCGCAACAAACCACCAUUGAUAUUCAGCAAGGGCGCCCCCAUGUGUUGAGAAUGUUGAUGGUUUUCGCCAUCUUAAGAUACACCCAAAAGUCACCCGCUUGAUGUGUAGGCUGCAAAGAGCUGACACCUUCACUCGUAGAGUUAGAUUUAGCGACAGCAUUUACUUUAUGUGUCUUUCUCUCUGGGUCCUCUAACAGGGGUGGAGCUAGAGAGGUCAAAGUGGGGGUCGUUGCGGUUGACUCAGUGUGCCAAUGAAAAACUUUUGAUUUAUUUUGGGGUUUUUUUUUCGGGAGGGGCACAUACCCACUUCUCCUUGAUCCACCACUGUCUGAGAAAAUCUGCUUUUGUGUUUGUCUGUCUAUACUGUCGACAGGGCCCAAUUUCAUAGAGCAGCUUAGCGAAAAAAAAGCUGUUCAGCACAACAAUAUUAUGCUUAGCAGAACAAGGUUACCAGCCAAACUACCAGGUCACAUGUACAAAUUAUGACAGGUAUCCUGCUAAAUUCUACUAAGCAGAAGAAGAGUUUUGUGCUGUAAGGAAAUUUUGCACAAAGCUGCCUACUCUGAUUCUGCAGAAAAUUUCCUGAAAAUAAAUUGAUCUUUAUAUGUUCCCUCUGAUGAACAAUUUUGACAAUCUUCCUGAUUAAGGUAUCGUUUUACCAAUUAGGUUGAAUGUAAUUCUAUAUAUCUCACUGAUUGUUGUGCAAAACCUCCCUGAUUGCAAGAUGCAAAGGGUUGGCAGCUGUGUGUUAAUUGUGGUUCCAGAUGACGGGAUAGUUUGUUGAACUUUAAUUUUUGUUUUUGUGCUUUCAAGUAAUAGAUUGCAAGGUAGUUUCUAAGAUUGUUGGUUUUGGAUUCAGGGUUUUGGAAGUAAAACUUCACCGACAGUAUAAUAACUUUUGUCCUUAUCUUCAAAUUUCGUCUUCUGGAAUUAAUGGGAAGUCAAUGGUGUAUAAACCCUGUGAAACCAGCGGUUAAUGUUUUUGUUUUUCAGUUGUGCAGGGUGCAGGGUGUGUUUACAGAAAUUGAGUUCAGUAUUAUUGUUCUAGAGAAUUAUCAGAUCGAUUGUUAUGUAAUUUCUAUGUCCAUACAGUAAUGGGGGAAAAUGAUUUGAUAAUUAAAUUGUUUUUUUAGGUUUGUUUAACCUAACUUGUAUAAAUAAACAAUACAUGAAUCACCGUCAGUGUGAAUGGGAUGUGAGGUCAAAGGUGUUUGGUAGCCACCCCUUAAAAUAAACAUAAAAUGGUCCAAUCCUAGCCAAACAGUCAGUCAUAUCGCUAACUCUUCCAUUGAGCUGACUGCUAGGUAACCAGGAACUCGGUACAUGAUUUCUUUUAAAAACAAAUUUCUGAAAUAUUAAUUUGACUCUACACUUAACCAGGGACUUGUUGGUCAAAAACAAUAUGGAUUCCACACUGAAAUUGUCUUGUUUUCUACAAACAGCUCAAAACCUUGCCAGCAUCAUGUCGCCUUGUUGAAGAAAAAACUAUAUAGUACAUGAUUUCUUUAAAGUUCUUUAAAAAAAACAAAUUUCUUAAACAUUAAUUUGACUCUACACUUGAGCAAGAAUUAAGUUUUUAAUUUAAACAGCAUGGGAUAUUAUUUGUGUUUACCCAUACACCAAAGUGUAUAGCACUGAAAACGCAGUACUUUCCCGGGUUCCUGUUUCCAAAAUUCCACAGGCUCGUAACUCAGCUGGGGUUCGAACCCCGACCAUUGCCAUGCUAGAGCAGAUGUAUUUCCACUGGACCAUCGAGAUCUCGGAUAGCUAACCACUUGCAAUGACUUCCCUAUACCCUAAGGGUGUCAAGACGAUUUAGGGGGAGCACCCCUUAUAGGUAAAACCUAGGGGGAGACACCCCUAUUGUAAAACCGUGUUCUCAACAAAAGUCAAACUUUUGUUUGAAUAAUUUAUAAUAUUUUGCAUUUAAUAAUAUGUUUACCUCUAUCCCGAAUAGAACUAGCUAUACACAAAAAAGUUGUUUGUGUAACUUUUUGUUUUCUUUCAAAGAAUACGCAACAUUAAACAAGAUUGAAUUUUUUAUUGUAAACAAGACACUUUACAUAAAUUUUAUAUUGGUGUUUCCUACCAAAUCCUGGAAUAAGUUAUGAACAAAUUUUCAAAGCUUUUUAUUUUUUCCUGUAUUCAGACUUGAAACAUUACAAUGCAAUUUUACUUGAGAAAUUUAUGUUACUUUUUUGUCUUCAGCAGGGUUUAUCUUUACUGUAAUAAUAAUAUUUGACAAGGGUUUCACAAGGUGUUAGGAAAACAGGACUAUUUACAUUUAUACUGAAUUAUGAGUUGUUUUUGUUGUUUUGUUGUUUGUUUGUGCUUGAUCAUUAUCAUCGUGUUUGUUGGUUGGAAAGGGGAGUAUGUAGAAAGCAAUAAAACAAUGUGAAAAGAGA